ACUAACCACACACCCUUGGGUUUUAUACCGCUCAGAGGGUAAGAAAGUUCCAAGAACCCUAAGGACCAAUUCUCUCCACCAACCCCACCUACCCCCCUGGGGCUCAGCUCUACAGUGAGUGACACCAGCGGUAAGCACCAAGCCUCUUUACUCACCGCCAGGCCAGAAGUCUGGUGAGCCAGCUGGGCCCUGUAGCUGGAAGGUUCUCAUUUAUGGAGUCCUCCCAGAGCACAGAUCACAGAAGCAGAAUGUCCCUAGUGGAACAUAGGAGCCACGACUCCUGGCCUCCACCUUCCACCCCCACCAAGCACUUACAGUCUGGCUUAGGCAAGACAGAUGAACUCUCAGCCAGGAUGCCUCAGAGCAGACAAAGAUAAAUCGAGAGAAAAAUCAUAAACAUUCGGGGUUGAAGAUGCUGGCAUCACUUUGACCAAAUCCAAAGGGUCUUCCUAGAAGAGGGCUCAAACUAGACUCUAAAGAAUGUUGUCAGUAGUUGGAAUAGAGUUGUGGAUUCUCGGAAGGGUGAGCAUCCACAGGAUAAGCAAACUAAGCUGCUGUGAGGACUAGGGCUGGAGGCUGGACCCCAGACCUGAGAAAAGGGGCGGGAGUGUAAGCAGUGGCCGGAGUUGAAGAGCUGGAGAAGGUGAUGGAGGAGGGAAUAAUCUGUGAGAAACGUUGGAGCCCAGCCUCUGGUGAGUGAAGUGACAGAAGCUGUCCCAGAGUUUGAAAUGAAAACGGCGACAAAGGAUACAGUCGGAGUCCAUGGGGGUGGGCAUGGUGCCCUACAAGCGGAAGUAAGGCAUUCCCCAACAGAAGCAGACUCCCGUCAGGCUCACCCUCACCCUUCCUGGCAGGCCUGCCCUCUUCCCACCCCCUGGUGGAGGGGCCCUGUUGAUCACAGCCUGUUAGCAUCCUCACACCUAGCACCAACUGCAUGUUCCUCCUCCCAGGGAGCAAGAGACUAGGGAAGUGGCAGAGGGUGAAUGUGGUAUAGUCGUGGGAUCAUGGGAUCUUGACUUGGGAAAGAGCCAGAUUCCUUUCACUCCAGACCCUCUCCAGAGAUUGGGAAAGGGCCUUCAGAAAUCCCCAUCCUUGUGUACUCUAACCCCUUUGGGCCUUCCCAAGUGCUAACAGUCCCUGAGUUCCCCCCGUGUCAGGCCCAGGGAAGCAGGGAGUGCUGAUUUCCCUCCCACACCUCCCCAUCAGUGGUCUAUGCCUCUCCCUUGCUCCUCUCUUCUUCAUAGCCACCCCCCAAAAAAACCCUCAGCCGAUAGCUUCAUCCCUUGUCCUGCUCCAGACCUUUUAUCUCCUGGUGGUAUUUGUAACUUGAAUGUGGACAAAGAUUUAAGGUAAAAGAAUGCUCCUCAGGGUGGAAUGCUUCAGAAAGCCAGAGGGGGAAGACCUGAGGGUAGAGUUCACUGGAAAGGGCUGUGUGUCUGGAUUCCUGAGUCUAAAAGAAGUUUCUCUAGGUGCUGGGUGUAUGCUCUAGAAGGUGCAAGGGGUAACACUACUUGUGUCAGGCACGGUGAAGCCCCAGGUUGGUGGAGACAGGGGAUUAGCCUUGUGCAGGCAGCAUGGGGAAACUAAGAGGGUCCCACCCAGGAGAGGUGGAGCCUUGGGGAGCAGUCACCCAAGUUUACUUGCACCGUGGCCUAAGGAAAAAGAAACGGAACCACCUCACAUCCUAUCAGGACAGAGACACCACCAUCCAAAGUACCCAGUAUCAGGGUGUGGGACUCUUGCCAAGGCUCUGGCUGUGGAGGAGGGAGGUGUUCUCAGCAUGAGAUGGAGAUCAGCCUGGGAAUCUGAGAUAACAGCACAGACCAGAAUUCAGUCCUUGAGAAUCGAUCUGAACCAAGCUCCAGGCCCUGCUGGGAGGGGAGAGGGACCUCCAGCCACACUGCCUGAGGUUGUGGGAGCAUAAGAGAGUUGGGUAACCUGCCCAGUGCCAGAUCCUUUUUCAGGCAUAGCGAACCCUCAUAACAAGGCUGUGCCAUGAGCAUCAUCAACCCAAUUCACAGGUUCAGGAGCAGUCCCAGAGGGAGUGAUGAGACUAGCCCAGCCUCGACGGAGACGCAGAGUUAAACCUGGGUUGGUUCAGUUCCAAAUCUCACCUUUGCCCCACCAUUCCACAGGACCUCCCAUUCCUGAGGAAGCUGGGACAGAGGCCAGUGCACAACCUCUUACUAGUGGGACAAGAGAGACGGUGGUUCAGGGUGUAACCCAGCCUGCUCCUAGGACCCAAGGCUGGCUGAGUCCCACCGGGGUCAGCUGUGCCCUGACUCACUCUCAUCUAGUAUCCUAGAAAUGAAUCCAACCACCUAAGUGAGUUUUCCAGAUACGUGAAGCUCACCCCUUUACAAUUAAAAACUUUUAAAACUCAUUUUGGAAGGAAAUCAUUCUAAACAUACUCCUCUUCAGCACAUCUGCGAUAGAAUAUACAUUUUUCUGGAGAGCUGAGGAUCACUCCCAGAAACCAGCGGCCUCUCUAUAGCAAUCUUUAGAGGCUGUAACACUGUCAGGGAAGCUGUUUGCCUUUCUGCCCAAUGCCCUCCAACCACUUUUUAAAUGUUUCUGACUGCUUUCAAAGUUUUUUGUAGCGUUACUUCCCUUGCUACCAGGCUUUCAGGGGUCCCUUGCUACUCUAAAUGUAUGGGAACACACAGGGACAUACUGAAAUUGUGAAUAAGGAAGGCCAAGUGGGCUGUGACUGAGGACUGGAGAGUCUCCACUGAGUAAAGUGCGUAAGUAUGGUGGUUGCUCAGGAGUCCUUUCUGUCUCCCCUAGACCCCGAACAUUGCCCUGCAGUUCACCUCCAGAUAAGUGGUCAGUGCACAUCAGUCCAAGAUUACUCUUCGUCUCUUCCAUUGGAGGAGCCCACUGAAGAUUAGCAUACAGACCGUUCCCAAUAAUAGGAGACAGCUGGAAUAUUUAAGACAAAGAAGGCAGCAUCGCAGAUGAAAAACAGUCUUUGGUAUUGGAAAAAUCAGGGUGGGAAUCCUGGUGUCCCCAUUUUCCAACUGCACGAUCAAUCUGGGGACAGGCCAGCCACCUACCACUCUGAGCCUUCAGGUCAGGAGGAUGACAGGAGAGAAAGCAGGAAGGUGCUUAGCGCAGCACCUGGCAACAAACACGGGGUGAGAACAAGCCAGGGAAUUGGAAGGUCUGUUUGGGUGCUUGCAGCGUCAGGAAGAAAAGAGACGAGCUGGAGCCUGAAGGGAAAGGGACCCGGGCAGAAAAGGAGCUGUUAAGCCAUCCUGGCUUCCCACAAAGAGGUAGACAUCGUCGUGUAGCCCUGGAGGGCUGGUGGUGCCCCAGCGAGCAGGAGAGCGGGGAUAGGGAACUUCUAGAGGGCUUAGCUCAAUCUCCCCUAGCACUAGGUUGGUGGGCCUGGCAGGGCACGAGAGAAGGGGAGGCAGUCCCCACAUGGUUUGCACCCGCCUGAACCUAGUGACAAAAUGAAGCUGCCCGAACCAGGCAGCCAUCGCUCCUUCUUCAGAGCCCCCAUCUGCCUAGGGACCAAGUUGGGAAAUGGCUACCAUGAUGGGUCUUUUAGCCCAGAAGGGGUGGUAUGGGGAAGGAGAGGGUGAUGGGGAAGCUUGGUGCCAGGGUGACCCUGAAUCUCUUGGUUUCUGCCUCUAGGCCCUCCAUGUAGCCACCGAGCACCCACUCUGAGCUGGACACGGCUCGGAGGCGGGGAGUCCACAGACAAAUGACGCACAGUCCCCCGCUCCUGGAGAAAGACCUCCCAGUGCCUGGGUCCUUGCCUCCUGCCAUCCUCCGCUCCCUUACCCGCUGAGCCCUCACCCCGCUUCUCUGAACCCGUCUCUUUUGCCCCUCUGACUUCGUUCUGGUCGAAACCAGACUCCGCAGUGUGUGUGCUCCCAGAGGGAAGCGACACAAAGGAAGGGGGAGGCAGAAAGGAGGGAAUCCCGCUGACAUCACUGCUCAUUAGCAUGUGUGACCUCAUCAGGGGGCGGAACAAUUUCCCCAGGUGUGGGGGGGGAGGAGGGCAUGGGGGUGGUAUUUAAGGGAAAAGCUGACAGUGCUGCUGAGUGAGGGAGUGGGUACUGCAAGCCGCGGGGCUGCACACGCACACACACACGCACACCGAUGCACACGGACCUUGACACCGACAUGGACACGGACACAGAAACCACAGCACUCUGCCCCUCCGGCAGCCACCGGGCCUCCCCCCCAGGGACACCCACACCAGAAACAGAUGCCUCACUGCUGAAGAAGACAGAGAAGCUGUUGGCAGGGUUGGACCGGGGUGGGCCACCUCCUGCCCCAGGGGCCCCCAGACGAAGAGGCAGUAUGCCUGUCCCCUACAAGCACCAGCUGCGGCGCGCCCAGGCCAUAGAUGAACUUGACUGGCCACCUCAAGCCUCAUCCUCUGGUUCCUCUGACUCCUUGGGCUCAGGGGAGGCAGGCCCCACCCAAAAGGAUGGCAUCUUCAAGGUCAUGCUGGUAGGGGAGAGCGGCGUGGGCAAGAGCACCCUAGCAGGCACUUUCGGUGGUCUCCAGGGAGACAGUGCUCAUGAGCCGGAGAACCCAGGUAUUUGGGGGAGCCCUGUAAGGGUCAAGGGCACCUGUGGAGCCCUAGUCAGGGAUGGAAGAGCUCAAGGCAUGAGCAGCCCCUGGAGGCCAGAACCUAAGAGAAACUGCUCCAGUGCUUGCUGCGGCUACCUCCCUGGAGGGGGUGCCCCUGGUUACCAGGUCUCACAAGUGUUGGGGAGCCUCCUAACGGGCUCUAUUCCCUGUCCUUAUUUCCCAACAGAGGACACCUAUGAAAGACGCAUCAUGGUGGAUAAGGAGGAAGUGACUCUAGUUGUUUAUGACAUCUGGGAACAGGACUUCUGACCCAGAGGGAAGUUAGGAUCUGAAUUUGACAAACCCUGCAGCUGUGAGCCAGGCUGAAUACCCUGAAAUCAAUCCCAUCCAUACAUUUUCCAGUCUGGAAGAGUCUGAUCUGACAGGACAAGAGCUCAGGGCCUGGAAUAUCAGGGAAGGGGAAAAAGUGAGGAUUUGUGAAUAUCUGAACAUACAUGGUUACUACAUAGAAAUGAGAGGCCAGAUUACAUACAAUUGAAGAGCAUUCACUGUUACAAUAAGCACUUAAGCAUAAGAAAGUAGGAUGGGCUACCCCAAUCUAGGAGGCUGUGUCCCCAAUUCUCCCAUGUGGGGCUCACAUUAUAAACCACCCACUCCUCCACAAGCACACUCCAGGGUAUGGAGAUUCUGCCAUUAACUAGCUCCGCGGUCCUAGGCAGGUGGCUUCUCCCUCAUAUCCAGAUGCCUCAUCCUUGAGAUGCAGGUGCUGGGCAGGUGCUCCCACGCCUCCAGCCCUGACAUUCCACCACUCUCUGCCCAUAUGCAGGGGGACGCAGGGGGGUGGCUGCGGGACCACUGCCUUCAGACCGGGGAUGCCUUUCUCAUCGUCUUCUCAGUCACCGACCG